UCAUUAACUCCAUUUCUCCCUUCAUAAUCAUUUUUGUCGUCUCCUUUCCUACCCCUUUUGGCAUUUUCUCGAGUCACAUUUUUUGCACACUCCCUCUGUAUCUGUCACAGUUUAUACUUUAUAUGCAUUUCUGUAGUAAUCGAGUUAGUGAAGGAAAGGGUAAACGAAAGAGUAAGAGAUAGUUCUCUCUAUUGCUUUUUUCCUUUUGUUUAUGGGCUUUCUGUCUAUAUUGUUUUUCUUAAUCAAAGAUUCAGGCUUUCUGUGGUUUCUUGAAAAAUUACAGCGAUUUUGGUGUUCUUGAGGCAACUCUUGUGGGUUUUUAAUGAAUUUUGUUAUUGUUGAGGUCUUCUGAGGAUUUCGUCAACAAAACCAUCUGAAGAAAUGGAAACUAGGAUACGGGAUAUCUUUCCCAGAUUUGGCACUUAUCGUACCACCAAUGACGCUUCCCUUUUCUCAAGCUCAUUGCCUGUGCUUCCCCAUGAGAUGUUGAACCUACGUGAACCAGAACAUGUUCGUCCGAUUGAGGGCGCCUCGUCCGGCUUGAACAAACUUCAUGCUGAAGUUGAGUACAAUGACUUGCUUAAAGACAUUGACAAUUCUGCAAUUGGAAGCUCGCUCCCUGACGAUGAGGAUGAACUCCUAGCUGGGAUAAUGGGCACUUUUGACCUUGGUGGAUUGCCUAAUCACAUGGACAACUCUGAUGAAUAUGAUCUUUUUGGCAGUGGAGGAGGUUUGGAAUUGGAAUCCGAUCCACAGGAAAACUUGGAUGCGGGUUUCUCAAAAGCGAGUCCAUCUGAUGGUGUUGUUGGCAAUGGAGUGGUUCAUUAUGGUCUUCUAAACGGCAUGGGAACUGUUGCUGGAGAACAUCCUCUUGGUGAACAUCCCUCCCGAACAUUAUUUGUCCGUAACAUCAACAGUAAUGUUGAGGAUUCAGAGCUUAGAUCUCUCUUUGAGCAACAUGGUGAUAUCAGAACUUUGUACACAGCAUGUAAACAUAGGGGGUUUGUGAUGAUAUCUUAUUACGAUAUUCGUGCUGCUCAAACUGCCAUGCGAGCGUUGCAAAAUAAGCCACUCAGAAGGAGAAAACUGGACAUUCACUUCUCAAUUCCUAAGGAAAACCCAUCAGACAAGGAUAUUAAUCAAGGAACCCUUGUAGUGUUUAAUUUGGAUCCAUCAGUUUCUAUUGAAGACCUCCGCCAAAUUUUUGGUGCUUAUGGUGAGGUCAAAGAGAUAAGGGAAACACCGCACAAGAGGCAUCAUAAAUUUAUUGAGUUUUAUGACGUCAGAUGUGCAGAAGUUGCACUUAGAUCCUUAAAUAGAAGUGAAAUAGCUGGGAAACGAAUAAAGCUAGAGCCUAGCCGCCCCGGGGGUGCACGAAGAAGUCUGAUGUUACAGCCAAAUCAAGAUCUCGAACAAGACGAGUCUCGAAGUUUACGCCACCAAUUGGGUUCACCAAUUAGGAAUUCUCCCCCUGGUGAUUGGCCACCGUUUGGCAGCCCAAUGGAGCAUAGCUCAAUGAGUCCACCAGUAGGAAAGAGUUUUCCUGGAUUGGCUGCAAUUUCACAACUGUCGAAUUCUGUUAAGUUGGCAUCCAUUGGCAAUGACUAUUCGAGGGGUAGUCAUUUGGAACAUUUAUUGAAAAAUAGAUAUUCAAGCCAAAGAGGAGUAUUUGAACAGUCCCAUUCAUUUCCUGAGCAAAAAUCAGGUCUUUAUUCUGGAAACAUGCCCUCUUUUGUCUCUUCCAGUUCAAAUAGACCACAUGUUGAGACAUUGUCUGGGCCACAAUUUCUCUGGGGAAGUCCUAAGCUAUUCCCCGACCAGUCUAACUCGUCUUCCUGGAAAGCGCAACCAGUUAGACAUCCUUUUACGCUCAAUGGCCACCAACGCCUUUCAUACACUGAUGAGCAUAAAUUUUUAAACUAUUCAUCUCAAAGCAACCACCACCAUAACCAUCAUAAUAUUGGAUCUGCUCCAUCUGGCAUUCCCUUUGAACAACAGUCUGGGUUUUACCAGGAGUCACCAGAGGCAUCAUUUUUGUCUCGUAAAGAUUGGAAUUUCAUGGUAAAUAUGGAUGCUCACGGUGCUAUGAAUGCUGGUUCUGUUUACGGGAACAGAUUGGAUACUGGUUCUUCUAGUUUUGGCAUGAUGUCUUCUCCUAGACUUAGUCCCAUGUUCUUGGAUAACGGUCAUUUUCCAGGAUUGACAGCCAUGGACUUGGAGGGUCCAGCUGAACGUGGGAGGUCCCGCCUUGUCGUGAACAAUGGGAACCAGAUGGAUAACAGGGAACAAUUUCAGCUUGAUUUGGAUAAGAUUAGAAAAGGUGAAGAUACUCGAACAACUCUGAUGAUAAAAAAUAUCCCGAACAAAUAUACUGCCAAGAUGUUGCUAGCUACUAUCGAUGAGCAUCAUAAGAGUACUUAUGAUUUUCUCUAUUUGCCCAUUGAUUUUAAGAACAAAUGCAAUGUCGGCUAUGCAUUCAUCAACAUGUUGUCUCCAUCACACAUUAUCUCAUUUUAUGAGGCAUUUAACGGGAAGAAAUGGGAGAAGUUCAACAGCGAGAAAGUUGCUUGUUUAGCUUAUGCUCGGAUCCAGGGAACAGCAGCCCUGGUCGCUCACUUCCAAAAUUCUAGUUUGAUGAAUGAAGACAAGCGUUGCAGGCCCAUUCUCUUUCAUCCGGAGAGCUCAGAAUCUGGCAAUCAGCAGCAGCAGAUGAUCCAGGGACAUUUUUUUUCCCGUAAUUUGAACGUGCAAGCCUGUCAAUCGAAGGAAAUGGACCCCACAAAUUCACCUGGAAGCUCAAGCAAGGGUUUCUUGGGUGCUGAGGUGGAGAAGCAAUAGCAAAGGAGUCAGAAGCAGAAUAGGAAAAAGAAUGUGUAUACAGUAUAGGCCGAGACCCUUAGAUAGCAGAACAGAUUUUUGCACCAUGGCAUGGCAUUUUGAUUUGAAGGCAGAAAAAGGUCACCUAAAAGGAUGUACUUUUGUUAUCAGUUUGGAUGGGAAGCAUGCAGGCUAGCUAUCUACAAGGUGCAAUGCAUUUUGUAGAUUUCUGAUAUUUUUUCAGACUGGAAAUUUUAAUCUUGAAUUCAGUUGGUAAGAGGAACUCGUUAAAUUAGUUUUGAAGUUUGAAUCUUUCUGUGUUAGCGACUGUUUACAUUUGUAUAGACAGAAUUCUCAACAUAAAUGGAAAAAAAUAUAUGUAAGUUGGGAUUCUGCUUUUGCAUCAAUGGCAUGUCAAAGGAAUGGAAAUGGUUUGUUUUCAGUGUAA